AUGUCCAUCAACUGGGUUAUGCUCGAUGGAAAGGGUUCCUUUGUACUCCUGCCAGCAGAGAGAAUCAUCCACAAGACCACCCCCAGGGUCGGCCUUGCCAUCACCACUCCAACAACAUACCCGGGCAACAGUCCCUUGGCUAUACACUGCAGCUCGGGCACGGUCUAUCUGACCAAUCAGAGAAUUGUGUAUCUUCCAGAAAAGCCGACCACGGAGCUAAAGUCGUUCUCGGCCCCGCUUCUCAAUCUUCACGACACCCACAUGACUGUACCGUGGUUUGGGCCGAAUGCGUGGCAGGCCGUCUUGCAACCGGUACCGGGUGGAAACAUCCCAGCCACGCAAGCCGCAAUCGAGCUCAAGUUCACAUUCAAGGAGGGGGGCGCACCGGACUUUCACUCGACCCUCGAACGAAUCAAGGAGAGACUGCAGCAAGUCGUGUCAACCGCGAGGGAAAACAACCUGUCAGGACAGACGCAGGAUAGCUUUCUGGGCCACGUCAAUCUGGACAAUGUCCACCUCGACCAGCUACCCUCCUACCAAGAAUCCGGCCGAGACCGGGUCGCACCGGAGAAUGCUGACGAGACGGGCGGUGCCGUAGCCUCGCCUGUGGCAAGGACACCAGAACUGAGAAGAGGAGGGUCGCCCGUUCAGGAUGCCCAGCCACCAAGCGAUGCCCCGCCCGGGUACGAGGAGACACAGCAGCAGAGCAUACAGGCCGAACUGGAUCGGAGGUUGUCGCAGACUCAGGAUUAG